GCGGGCGGUCAUGCGCGCAGAGGGAGUCGCGGAGGUCGGGGUGUUGUGGUCGCAGUUUGGGGCGGCCUUUCCGUGCCCAGCAGGGCCCGGUGCAGCGGGGCAGUGCCGGCGGUACGGUGUGCGGCUCAGCGCGGCCGCAGUGACGCUGCUGUGGGGAAGAUGAGAGGCGCGGCGCUGCUGUGGGGCGGCGUUGUCGUGCGGCCCCGGGACUGAUGCAGAAGGUCAACAAGAACGUGGUGCUGGCUGUGCUGAGCCUGACCAGCCUGGUGUUCCUCCUCUUCCAGCUCUACUACUACAAGUUCUACCUGUCGCAGAAGAAUGGAGCAGUUUUUUCAAAAGCCAGAGGAAGCCAGUCUGGCCAAGACAGCACUAGAUGGCAUGUGGUUAGGAAGUUCCUAGGCUUAAUAUCCAGUCACAAUAUACCAGUAUAUUUGAUUGAUCCUUUAAUUCUGGGACUUGUUGAUAAAGACAUUGAACAGAUCAGAAGUUCUUCUGAUGGCCCUAGUCCAGAAUGCAAGUACUUCUGUGCUCCAAGAGACUUCACUACAUUUGCGCUACUGGACAAAGCAUGGAAACACGAAGUGGGACUUUUUAGAACUGCUGAGAAGAUGGGGUUCCAAUGGCUAAAGGUUCUAAAUAAGGACCCUCGCUUGGAUGGGAUGGAUGAUCUGUCUGGGACUGAAAUUCCCUUGCACUACAUUUUUAAGCUGGCUUCUCAUGCCAUUCACCUGGUGGUGUUCUAUGAGAGGAGCGGAAAUUUCCUCUGGCAUGGCCCCCUAAGGCUUAAGCAACAUAUGGACAGAAAAUUUGUGCCUUUCCGGAAACUCCACUUUGGUCGUUACCCUGGAGCAUAUGAAAAGCCUGAACUUCUGUUUGUUUCUAUUGAUGACUUAAAAGUACAAAUUCCAAAAAAUCCAUCCAGUUUUCUGGAAGAGAUGUCACACUCUAGAUUUCUUGAAUGUAGGUACAGAGAAGCUCGGGCUUUCUUUCAGAUGUAUCCCGAUGAUGCCUCUGCUGAUGCAGUGGAAUUCAGAAAAAGAGCAAAAUCCUUGCUCCACCUGGCUGCGCUGACACUGAAUAACUUGGGAGUGAAGUUCUGGCUGAGCAGUGGAACGUGCCUUGGAUGGUAUAGACAGUGCAAUGUCAUUCCUUACAGCAAAGAUGUGGACCUGGGGAUCUUUAUAAGGGACUACAAAGCUGAUAUCAUUCCAGCUUUUCAGAAAGCAGGAUUACCAUUAAAGCACAAAUUUGGCAAGGUAGAAGACAGUUUGGAACUCUCUUUCCAAGGAGAUGGUGAUGUGAAACUUGAUAUUUUUUUCUUCUAUGAAGAAGAUGACUACAUAUGGAAUGGAGGAACUCAGGCAAAGUCGGGCAAGAAAUUUAAGUAUCUCUUCCCAAAGUUUACUCUGUGCUGGACUGAAUUUGUGGAACUCAAGGUACAUGUACCCUGUGAGACCCUGCAGUAUGUUGAAGCCAACUAUGGCCCAGACUGGAAGGUUCCUGUCAAGACGUGGGACUGGAAGAACUCACCAUCCAACGUGCAGUAUAAUGGUGUCUGGCCUGUUGACGAAUGGGAUGAAGUCAUUCAAAUCUACUGAACAUCUCUUCACUCCCAAUAAGUGUCUGGUAUCCUUGAAACUGUCAGUCUGUAAUUUCCUGUCUCCCAAAGGCAUCAACACCUGCUACUUUUGUAACUCCUCAUCUGUUUCCUAAAGAGACAUUUUCCAUUUUUGUCUUAGCAGAUAAUUUUUACACAUUCAUUGUGAGUUGUCCACAUAGUUAAAGGCAGAUUGUGGGAACUAAGGAGGAGGAAAGCUGAAAGGAAAAGUAUACAAAAUCUUGCAGUGAACGUAUGGGCAGUUGACUGUUAAAGUAGAACCCAUGGCCAAGUUGCUUGAUCUGGGGAUCAUCAAAACCUUGGGACCAUUCGCUUCUCAAGAAAGAUAGAAUGGAAAAUCCUGAAGCUGUUCUGUUUUCUUCUGAGGAGCUUAUAUGGAUUUACAAUUCUUAAACACCCAAUUUGUGAGUGCAUUUAAUUUGUGACUGAUGUAUUGCUAUAGUGUGUAAGGGGGUUGCCUCUUGGAGUGGAAUGUUUCAGUUCAGAACCUGUGUGACCCACCCACUCUGUAUGCGUUGGGUUAUGGUGUAAUAUUAAGUGAGGGAAGAAUCAAAAGCACAAUCUGCAUCAGACAUCUUCAAGUAACAGUUGUAUUUUUUUUUCAUGAACUAACCACCACAUGUAUUAACAACAGGGAACAUUAGGUGUUUUUCUCUCUCUCUCUCUUUUUUUUUUUUUUUUCCUAGAACUUGAGGGUGUACGCUGCAGGAAUGUUUUUCCCAUUAGAAUACACUACCUGGCUUUGAUGUCCCAAUUGGUGUUCCCUCUGUAGGUGCCAAGCAGAGUUUAGAGGAUCAUAUCUCUUUCUGCUCUCUAAAAAUGAGGGAAUUGAUACUUUUCUGCUAAACCUGGGCUUACGGAAGGUUGAUAUGAAUCAUAGCUCUUUUCUGUAAGCAUAAGCAGAAGUGUGUACAAAUACUGACUGCUCCAUCAAAUUCACAACAGCAUAAUUGCAAGUGUAUGUUAGGCUUUGAAUGGGAAAGGUGCAAGCCUGAUAGCUCCCUUGUUUCUAGUUGCACUUUUGGCCAGUGAAAUGAGCUUUUUUGUUCUGUGUUUUGGGGAAGGAAAAUAGCUUUCAUAUGAAAUAUGAAGUGAGCAGGAUUGUUCCAGUCCUGCUCUGUAGGGAAGAUGAGACCAUUAGCAUUAGUGGUGAGUUAGGACUAGUAUGUGAUUCGUAUCCAUACAUCACUUAUGAACUAGCAUCAAGGUACUGAAUGUUUGUCUUAUUUUCUUGCAACAGAUCUGGAUUCCCACUUUCCUUGUUAAAGUAGAAGGGCUAUCUAUGAUCUGCAGCUCUUCCACACUUUUACUGGCAAGACUGAGAGUGUGAUUUGCAUUCUGUUGGUGUGCAGUUUUCAGCUCUGUAUUCAAAUACAUAUAGUUCUGGAGAGAUGAAAUGGCAGCUGUCGUGGGGCUGUUCCACUACUGUAUCAUUCCAGCUGCACUCUGGGUCUUCACUGCAGUUUCCAUCCUGGAGUGUGUGGCAUACGUUUCCCUACUCGUUCUCUGUGUUCCAAAGUUCUCCUGACACUGAGGCACUGGAGUGAAUUAUGCAGCUUCUGACACAAACUUGUCAUGUUGUCUUGACGUGGUAUUGUAACUUUACCUAACUAGGAAGAACAAGGUGUGAAAUCCCACUAUUGCCAUUUACCUGCACACAGAAACAUUGCGUCAUAAGGGGUAAUUUCUCAGGUGGAUUUUUUUUUGUGGAUUUUUUUUUUCCUUAAAAUGGAAAAGCCAAUGUCCUCAUCAUUUUACUGCCCAGAACUCUGUUGUCAUUGACUUCUGUGUUCAGCAGUGUACAGUAGGCCUGCAAGUUUUACAACUACAGUAGAUCUUUUAAAAGAAUCAAAGGACUUGAUUUAAAAGAAUCAAAAUUCUAUCAGAAAACUGUAACCCUGUCAAAUUUGUGACUUCAUAGAUGGAAAGAAUUUGUAAUGGUAAGAAUGCAUGUCCCUGAGAAGAGAGGAUGUCUUAAAUAUUUGAUGAUAACCGUGUAUAAGUUAUUCAAGUUAAAAUAUUUUUGGAAGAUACAAAUAAAUAUUUAACACUGAUUAGAAGAAUGAGAGUCUUAGUUUACUGCUCAGUUUGUGGUUUCAUGCCUCAUUUUGUCAUCUUGGGCUGCAUUUCUGACAGUCAUUGUAGUUGCUGUGAAACACUGUAAAGGAAAAAGAAAAAUGUGAGCUGUUUCUUACACUGCGUAGUGACUGUUUAUUUUGAGCUUUUUAAUAAACUUGAUGAGAUGUCAGCUAUGCCAAAUCUGAUUUGGCAUUCUGAUUUGA